GAUCGACAUCUCUGGAGCCUGGAGACUAGAAAGGUCCUCUCAAGAUAGAGAGGCCAUAGAGUUAUUGGUGUCUCAGUCCCGCAUGCAGUGUCUAAGGUGCUAAAGGGGGCAAACUGCUGGGGUGCACGCAUUAAAAUUUGAAUUUGGGUAAAUCUAGCUCAAGUCGGUUUGAAACUUUGAAUGCGAGUUCUGAAUAUCUGAACAGUUCAGAUCUUGGGUAUAAAAUGAUUUCGGAAUUUCUCUUCAGAAUUGCUGUGAAUUCCAGAAAUGGGGUUUAUGUAAGGAGCAGAUGGUUCUGUGAUGUCAACUCAAAUUUUGGAUCAAAGGAAUAGGACCUUCCUCAGUAGGGGUCAAGAUAGCAAAGAUUUCAUAUAUAAGUUUGGAACACCUUCUUUCAAAGUAUAUCAAAAAGGAAAACGGCCUCUAUUCAGGAAAUAAAAUUCAACAAGAUGUCAUUACAUAUCCGCACACAUUUAGCAGCAGCGGACCAAAGGGUUACACCCAUUAAGAUUCCUCCACAUGAAAUUCGGACCAAGAUCUUUUUCAUGAUUUACAAUAUGUCCACCGAUAAUAUAGAAGCUAAUGGAUUCGAAUUUAAUGAAGUGUUGAUGGAACAAUAUUAUCCUUGGUUUGCACAGUACAUGGUCAUGCAAAGGGUAUGCAUCGACCCAAAUUUUCAUGACAUAUGUUUAAUGUUCCUUCAUAAAGUAAACUCGACAGUAUUGUACAUGGAAAUACUGAAAGCUACAUACGCGAACUGCAAGAUGUUAUUACGAUCCGCUGUUAUCAAAUCUUGUUCAGGCGAACGCACCUUACUGAAAAAUAUAGGUAUUUGGUUUGGAAAAUCCGCCAUUCAAUGGAACCAAGACCCAAGCACUUAUGUAGAUGGCCUAAUACCUCUUAUAGUAAAGGCGUAUCAGAAAGGGUUGAUGCUUGCUGUAGUUCAAUUCAUUUCAAAGAUUCUUGAACCUUGCCAGCCAAUUAUUAGUGUUGGGACAAUGGAGAUUCUUAGUCUGCUUGCUGAGAUCUAUACAAAGCCAGACCUCCAACUUUCUCUGGAAUAUAACAUAAAGGUCUUGUUUAGGAACUUUGACGUGGAUGCAGAACAUACCAAAACAAAUUACCUUCUUAAAGAUGUAAAACGUGAAGUUGCGGGAAAUCAAGAUUUUGUGGUGAAAGAUGUUGUGCAUGUACCAACAUGGUUGUGUCCGGCUUUUCUUGAUCAGGAAGGGGAGGCAUCUAUGCCACUCACCCAGUACAUCACUAGUCUGAAACCAAUCAUGCGCACUGUCAAGCUUGUUGGUGAGAUGAGAAACCAUUGGUUUUAUUGGGUGGUGGCGGAAAAGGCCAAGAGCCUCAUGGCAUCAAUUAUCAGAGCACUACACGAUCUCCAUGAAGUUAAUAUAUGUCCUGUACAGUUUUGUGCAUCAAACAUUGUAGUGACAUAUUACGGGAGAGUGAAAAUCAGAGUUGCAUGUUUGAAGAAGACUGUUUCUAUGGUGCGCAAAAACUAUGAGGAUGCCAGCAAUAUUAUUAUGGACACAUUGUUUGCUGACUACAAGCCAACUAUUAUCCCCAAAGAUGUAGAUCAUCUAUUUUCGUUGAUGAAGUCUCCCAUUGCAACAGGUACGAAGUAUGUGAUAGGGACGCACGCUUCUCUUAUUCCUCUUGGGAACAGGUUUCAAUUCUAUCUGGAUAUGUGCGACCAUAUUACAUCUGUGGUGGACCCUGAACUUAGGUCAAAUAUUCAUGGAGCUCUAGACGAUCCCUAUGGUGAGAACUGGUCAGUGUUGCUCGAAUAUAACAUUUUGCUGAAGGAGUCAUUCUACAGAUCCGGGUCGUCAUACAAUACCAAAAAAGGAGCAAUUGAAUUUCUGAGGUUUUAUAGGAACACGCUUGCACACAGAAUGGAUAAAUGCAAGAAACUGUUGAAGAAUGUUGGAGAUUUCAGAACAUUGAUAUACACUAAAGAGGAUAUUGAAAUGAUCUUACUGGUUACCUAUCCGAUGAUCCUACCGAGAAUGCAAGAAGAACUCCAGAAUCAUAAGCGACUGAAGGAUUUGAAUCUUCAUAACCUGAACUUCAAGUAACUCCAGCUUUUGUACUUUAAGUGUAACUGGUAACUGUGUGAUGUUGUAAUCCACCAAUAAACUUUGAUUUUUCUAGGCUACAAAGGUUUGAAAGAAUAUCUUAAGUGAGUUGUUGUA